UGGCCACACCAACUGCAUCCACGAGACGAGACUAGGCGAGACGCCAGCGAUUCCCCCGGUUCCGAGUAGGCUGUCCGUUUUCCAGUUCAUUUACCGCAUGAGCUGGCAGCGUCACAGCACACACCUUGUCAGGCAAUUGUUCGCAGCGACAAGCUCUAAAUUCCCAACAAUUCAACGCCGUAACGGCUGCAUAACAGAAUUCCAUAGCAUUCGCACAAUCAAGACUCGCAGCGGCCGCACGAUGACGACGGAACAGGUCACCUAUUUGGAUAUACCCGACAAGUCGGAGACAGACAAGAAGGUCUACAAGACUCUGCGUUUGGCCAAUGGCCUGCACGCUUUAAUCAUCUCCGAUCCCAGCCCGAUGCCGCACGAUGGCUUCACCAGCUCUGAAUCGUCAACGGAGGAAUCCACCUCAAGUUCGAAUGCAAGCAGCAGCGAAUCGAGCACCUCGUCAUCGAGUUCCACGAACAGUGCCGGCAGCUCGGACUCUGAGAGCGAGGAGGGCCACGAGAAGCUGGCCGCUUGCGCUCUGAUGAUCGACUAUGGCUCGUUUGCGGAGCCAAGCAAAUACCAGGGACUGGCACACUUCCUGGAGCACAUGAUCUUCAUGGGCUCUGAGAAGUAUCCCGAGGAGAAUAUCUUCGAUGCGCAUAUCAAGAAAUGCGGCGGUUUCAGUAAUGCCAGCACCGAUUGCGAGGACACUGUCUUCUACUUCGAGGUGGCCGAGAAGCAUCUUGACUCUAGCUUGGACUAUUUUACGGCUUUGAUGAAAGCUCCACUGAUGAAGCAGGAGGCCAUGCAGCGCGAACGCAGCGCCGUCGAUUCGGAGUUCCAGCAAAUACAGCAAGACGAUGAGACGAGGCGAGACCAACUGUUGGCCAGCCUAGCCACUGAGGGCUUUCCCCACGGCACCUUUGCCUGGGGCAACAUGAAAUCGCUGAGGGAGAACGUUGACGAUGGGGAGCUCCAUAAGCUGCUCCACGAAAUCCGGCGAGAGCAUUACGGUGCUAAUCGAAUGUAUGUGUGCAUGCAGGCACGCCUGCCCAUCGAGGAGCUGGAGUCAAUGGUAGUUCGCCACUUUGCCGAGAUACCGCACAACGAUAUCCGGGCUCCAGAUCUAAGCAAAUUUGACUACCGCAAUGCCUUCAAGCCCGAGUUCCACGAGCAGGUGUAUUUCGUCAAGCCGGUGGAGAAUGAGUGCAAGCUGGAGCUGACGUGGGUGCUGCCGGAGGUCCAGCAGUAUUAUCGCAGCAAGCCGGAUCAGUUUCUCUCCUAUCUCCUUGGCUACGAGGGGCGUGGCAGCCUGUGCGCCUAUCUGCGGCGACGCCUAUGGGCCCUGCAUCUGAUUGCCGGCAUUGAUGAGAAUGGCUUUGACAAGAACUCCAUGUUUGCUCUGUUCAACGUUUGCAUUUAUCUCACAGAGGAGGGUUUCCGUCAUCUGGAUGACGUUCUAGCAGCCACCUUUGCCUACGUAAAGCUAUUCUCGAAUUGUGGCUCCAUGAAGGCCGUGUAUGAGGAGCAGCAGCGCAUCGAGGAGACCGGCUUCCGGUUCCAGGCUCAGCGUCCAGCGUUUGAUAAUGUACAGGAUUUGGUUUUCAACACGAAAUACUUUCCGCCCAAGGAUAUUCUCACUGGCAAGGAGCUCUACUAUGAGUACAAUGAGCAGCAUCUCACCGAACUGAUAAGCCAUCUCAAUGAGUUCAAAUUCAAUCUGAUGGUCACAUCGCGCGACAAGUACGAGGGCGUGGCAGCCUAUGACAAGCAGGAGCAGUGGUUUGGCACUGAAUACGCGACCAUGCCAAUGCCGGAUAAGUGGCGUAAGCUUUGGGAUGAUUCGAAGCCGUUGGAGGAAUUAUUUUUACCCGAACCAAAUCGUUUCGUUACGAAUGAUUUUACUCUGUUCUGGAGCUCAUUUGGCAAACCGGAAUUGCCUGCGGCACCCAAGAAGCUACUGAAGACAGACACCAGCGAGCUGUGGUUCCGUCAGGAUGACAAAUUCGAGCUCCCAGAGGCCCACAUGGCCUUCUACUUUAUCUCACCCUUGCAGCGACAGAGCGCCAAGAACGACGCCAUGUGCACCCUUUACCAGGAGUUGGUCAAGUUCCAUGUGUGCGAGGAACUUUAUCCGGCUCUGAGUGCCGGUCUCAACUACAGCUUCUAUGCCAUUGAGAAGGGUUUGCUGCUGAAGGUAAGCGGCUACAAUGAGAAGCUGCACCUGAUCGUAGAAGCCAUAGCCGAUGGUAUGCUCCAUGUGGCCGAUACCCUGGAUGAGAAAAUGCUUGACGCUUUCAGGACUAAUCAGCGCAAGAUUUACUUCAACACAUUGAUCAAGCCGAAGCACUUGAAUAGGGACGUUCGCCUUUGUGUGCUGGAACAGAUCCGCUGGCUAAUGAUUGACAAGUACAAGUGCCUCAAUGAGAUCACCCUAGAGGAGUUGCGCGACUUUGCCCGCCAGUUCCCCAAGGAGCUGUACAUCCAGGCUCUUAUUCAAGGCAAUUACACCGAGGAAUCGGCACACAAUGUCCUCAAUACGGUGCUGAGUCGCUUCAAUUGUCAGGCAAUCAAGGAGCGACGCUUUGUGGAGGAUCGAACCGUGCAAUUACCGCUGGGCACCAAUGUUAUCCGUUGCCAUGCCCUCAACGAACAGGAUACGAACACAGUGAUCACAAACUUCUAUCAGAUCGGUCCGAAUACGGUGCGCGUGGAGAGCAUUCUCGAUCUGAUGAUGAUGUUCGUCGACGAACCUUUGUUCGAUCAAUUGCGUACCAAGGAGCAGUUGGGCUACCAUGUGGGUGCCACAGUGCGCAUUAACUACGGCAUUGCGGGAUAUUCCAUUAUGGUUAACUCGCAGGAGACUAAAACGACGGCCCAUUAUGCCGAGAGUCGCAUUGAGGCGUUCCGCACGAAAAUGUUGCAAAUAUUACGCCAAAUGCCACAGGAAGACUACGAUCAUACCAGGGAUUCGCUGAUUAAGCUGAAGCUUGUCGCCGAUAUGGCAUUGAGCACUGAAGUGGCUCGCAACUGGGACGAGAUCAUCAACGAGGAUUAUCUCUUCGAUCGGCGUCGCCGUCAGGUCGAGGUAUUGCGUACGCUGCAGAAAUCCGAGAUCAUUAAUUUCCUCCUGGAAGCGGAUACCAACAAUUUGCGUAAGCUGUCUGUCCAGGUGAUUGGACAUCGACCGGCGGACAUGCCGGAACCACUGCCAGGCUCCCACCUGGCCUGCAAUGCUGAUGAUGAUGACUAUGUGAAUAAGGCAGCCUGCGAGGCCAAGGGCAGUGGAGGUGACAAUGCAGCAGACCAAGCCGAUGACAUGGACGAGGACGAGGACGAAGAUGGGGAAGGGGAUGACGACGACGACGACGAUGAUGAUGAUGAUGAGGAAGCUUUGUUUGCUGCCCUACAGAACAAGUUGAAUAUUGUUUUCCUGCCCAAUGUUGUCGAUCAGCCAGAUGCCAUAAUGGAUAUUAAUGAGUUCAAAAAGAGCCUGGAAGUGUAUCCCAAGCGUAAGAGUCAACUGGCAGAGGAGGAGGACGACCAAGCGCGUAUCGCUCGCAUCGAGGAUGCCCUGGGCAGUGCGUGAACUUCAUCCAAGCUCUGCAUAUACAUAUAAACGACCCCACGACGUUCCGUUCAAUUAGCCAAAGCUAGAUGAUUUUAAUUCCACCAAAUUUCUGCGUAAAGGAAUACCACAAAAGCGGGUUAGCUGACCAAGUUGGCGUCUACUCAUCUAAAGUCCGGGAAUGUUUUAAGUUUUUUUUCGUUUUUUUUUUUGCGGCAAUUGACAAUGAAAUGCAUUUUGCUCUGCAAGCCCAGAGUCUCAAACUCGG